UUGGAUGCAGACUGUGAGAACCUCCAGCAAACCCAAGACCCACACAUUCAUAUGGAGAUCUGGGAGUAUAAAUAGGAGAAGGAGAGGAACAGUCAGCAGCAGAGCUCAAGCUCCUCUUCAGAGAGACCACAGCAGAGAUACAGCCAUGGCACCUACUGUCACUGUACCCAUGACCUACUCUUCUGAACAUCUAACACUCAACAAUAAGCAGAGAAAGCCUUUGGUGGAGAAACUGCGCAGAGAUCGUAUCAAUAACAGCAUUGAGCAUCUCAAGACGCUACUGGGCCAGGAGUUCCUAAAGCAACAUCCAGACUCCAAGCAGGAGAAAGCUGACAUCCUGGAGAUGACUGUCCACUUCCUGAAACACAAGCAGCAGCAGCAUCCCUCCACCUGCUCAACCACAGCCAGUGAGGGCUACUCCAGGUGUAUGCAGGACGCUGUCAACUUCCUGUCCCAGUGUGACGUGCAGACACAGUCCCAGAGAAGACUGCUGAGUCACUUCCUACACAAGCUGCCCACAGUGGACAAGAGCACCAGAGUCCAGCUUCAGCCCAGCUCUCCAGUCCGCCACAGCAGCAGCAAACAGAAGACUUCAGGCUGCACUGCACUCUGGAGGCCCUGGUAGAGCCACUUGGACUCUUAAUGUUGACCAACAGAAUUCCUCUUGUCAGUCUGUGACUGACAUGGACAGUAAUUCUAACGAUGUAGGGACUGUGUUCCUUAUGUUCUACAGUUGUAGAAAUAUGAUAGACCACUUCCAAUACUGGGAAGUUUGACAGGAAAAAAUAUGUGUUUCAAUUUUAAAGUGCCUGACAAGAUUCUUGUAAUAUGCUAAAUUAUUUUGGUAAGAAGGAGGGAUUAUGUUUGCACAAACUAGUUAUAACCCACAGUUCUUAUAACUUACUUUCCCUCUGUCAGGCAUUAUAACCUCUAUGAAGUUAUGCAUUGAUCCACAAUGUUAAGAGAAUAUAAUAAUACACUAUAUCCAGUAGGAUUCCAGACUAUAACCUCUCUGUUUUUUGAGAGACAUAUAAUAUACAUGUGUUUUCAUGUGCUUAAUUUCAAUUGCUUUGUGAAGAACAAUAUGCACUCUGUUAAAGUAUCUUACAGAUACAUUAUCUUACUCAGUAUGAAAGUAUCUCACAGAUACAUUAUCAUACCCAGAUUUUUGUCUAGAUAACUUCUGUGAAGUUAUUAUCAUACACUCAGACUGAGCUAUACAUGUGUUUUCAUGUGUUUGAGUUCAAUUGCUUUGUUAAAAGCACUAUGCACUCU